AUGGUUGUCUCUUCUUUUUACUUUAAACCUCUUAUCAUCCCUCUCUCUCUCUCUUCUCGUUUCUCUCUCUCCGGGCAAAGAGAAGGAAAAGUGGAGGCGGAGGCAGAUGAACUGAUGAUGCUGCACUGGUCAAUAAAAGAAAAUACGGUCAGCUCAGCAACUGCCACCACCGCGACCACUGUCCAGCAGCUCCAUCCUUACUGCAGCCAUGCCACCCCUUUCUCAUUCUUCAACACUUCUUUCCUAUUUCUUCAUUUCUUUGGACCUUUCAUCAUCAUCAUCAUCAUCGUUGCUGAGUGGUUCUCCUUGACCACUCGCCAUUCCUCCUUUUUUCAGGACAACUUCGGCCAUCUAUAUGACCCUUCCCUUACUUCGCUCUCCUGCAACUUCUUCAUUUUACUGCCUCCUACUGCUUCUGUUUUCUUUCCUCCACCCCACCCCCAUUUUGACCCCCUCCUACUACUCCUCCACUCCGCAAAACGGCCACUACUAGCCACUGCUAAAACUCCACAAUGA